UGCCAGAGGGCAAGGGAAGAAACUGGUCAUUUACAUUCUGUGGGUAUAUUGUCAAUAUUUUGGCAGAGUCCUUGAAUUCCGGCUUUAUCUGUCAAACUUUUUCUUCUAAUCUGUUACAAAUACAAUUGGUUCCACGUUUGCUUUCAGCGACUUGGAAUUGAUUUUUCUUUCAGGUAUGUCUAUUCAAUAGGUGUAUGUAGAUAAGAGAGUCUAUUUAGCCAUAAAAAAAAAAAUCAGCGACUCGCAAUCAAGUUACAUGAAUAUUGCAGACGGUUUUUGAGUCUUUUUUAUGAGCGCGAAUGAAAUACAUCACCAGAAAAGCUUUUUAAAUAUCAGUUUUUGGUUAUGAACAUACUGUACAAUUCUAAAACCUGAGAUUCUUUUAACAAUAAAAGGUUUGCUAAAUAACCUCGUUGAGUGUGAAGCGUAACAUGCAUUAUCUAUAUUUAAAGUGUGUGUAAAAAUAUUGUUCCUCGGGGACCCAGAUAUAUAAAUGUGAACAUUAUGUGGGUUACUAUAAAUUAGCCACUGGCAUUGAAUCAUACAUGGCUGACCAAAGAGGAGGGGUAUGGUAACACAGAUCAUCAAUAAUCAGAUCAUGGUGGUUUGAUAGCAUCACGGAAAGAUCAAGGGGUCUCCAGUUAUGAGAGACAUGUUCAUCCAACACACAUAAGGAAAAAACCCUACAGCAUUGAUCAUGGCCCGAUGGUACGCGGAGUAAUGUUACAUCUGUUCGCAUUUAUGUGCUGUGAUUUUUAGCAAUUCAACAGGAUGUGCUAUAAAGGACUGACAACAGAAUUAAUUGGGGCCCAGCCAGGAUAAACUGGUAAUAGCCUUAUCAGAAACCCAGCAAUCGUGUGUCCCAUAAACCAAAAAUGGCAGAGCUGAAAGUACGUGUGGAUGGUGUUUCAAGAGUGGUUUGUGGUGUCACAGAAACCACAAGUUGUCAGGAUGUGGUGAUUGCUCUGGCACACGCCUUGGGAAGGACCGGGCGUUUUACGUUGAUAGAGAAAUGGAGGGACAGUGAGCGCCCCCUUCUUCCUUCAGACUUCCCACUACAAGUUUUACAUAAAUGGGGAGAGUAUGCCAGUGAAGUACAGCUUCUUCUGCAUCAGUCUGACAAAAAAGAACAGGUCUCUCAACAGCAGCAUCAGCUGAACAAGAUAGAGGCCGGUUCUCAUCCCAUCAAGGAGAGAGACAGUGGCAUCAGGCGAGUGCUCACAUUCAGUGGCGCUCACAACACAGAGGGGUCAAAAAGACCUCCAUAUAGAACUAUGAAACAGCACCAGUCUAUGGGCAAAAUCAGUGAAGACCCGCAUUCUGGGCUUUCCAAUGAGAUUAUUAAUCCCCCUCAUGGUCAAAGGUUAAGGGAAGAUGUGCAUUACAGAUCUGAUAAUCAGAACUUUCAUCCUGCUUUUCGAGACAAGGAGAAUGUGUUAGUGAAUGGUGGAAAUACCUACCAGGAUGUGAGAAAAGGUGUUAGACCUGGACAAAAUGGGGUUGUUCAUCGAUACCCCACUCCUCCUACUGAACAAGUGCAAUCACAACCUCAUUUGGUUCCAAAUGUUAGAAGUGACCCUAGAAACAUUAGGCGGAUGGAAGCGCGAGUGAAUCCCAUUCAGAGAAUGUCACCAAGAACUACGCAUAGUGAUCAGUUGAAUAAAAACGGAAUUCCUCCUCAUCUUAAGCAAAGACAUAGUGAGGAGAAUUUUCAUGGAGGGGAGCAAGAGAAUCACACGAGGAUGCCAUCUCCCCAAAUCGACAAUAUCAGGGCCUCAGCGUUCCAGCGAGUGGUACCCAACAGACAGACUUCACCGUAUCGCUCAAAAGAACCAGAGGCAGUACCGGAGCAGAACGGGGAGGUGGAGGAGUAUGAUUUAGAUAGCAAUUUUCCAAAUCUUCCCAGGGAGAGAGUCACGCUGGAGGAGUAUCGCAUGCCAGGGGAUGGUCACCAUGACAACAGUCACAUGGCAAGCGAUCAGAAAGAGAGAGUGAAACUUCAGAGACUCGUCAGCAUGCAACAGGAGAGGAUCAAAAUGCAGGAAUCCCAGAUCUCCAUCAUAGACACAGAACUCACUUCCUUAGAAGCAAAAGAGAAAGAGGAAUCAGAAGAAAUAGAAAGAAUCACUGGUAAGAUAAAAGAACUGGAGGAGGUUACCAAGAAGUAUGAGGUGGAAAUCAGUGAACUGGACUCCACUUCAUGGGUGGAUAUCAUUGAGGCGGAAAAACAAACAGAGAAGAAAAUUCACUUAGAGAUCAGGACAUUGAAGGAUAAUAUCAGUGCAAAAACUACAGAGAUGAAAAAACUCAAUGAAAAAAUCCCUCAACUUCAAAAAGACAUUGACAAUGAAAAGUCAGGGAUGGAGCAAGAAACAAAGCAAAGAAAAGAGGAGGAAGAAAAAAUGAUGGUGGAAAUUGAAUCAGCAAAGGAAAACUUGGACAAAGAGAGCAAGAAGAUUGAUGGUGGGAACUCAGAGCUGGAGAAGGUGGAAACAGAGCUACGGGAGUUACAGAGUAAGCUGGACCACCAGAAGGAAGAGGUCACGACCCUGGAAAAGGAGCUCAAAAAUGUCAACAUGAAGGACUUUCAGGUAUCACCAAGUCCGAAGCGGAAAAACAAAUCGCUGGAAUCUGGAGAGGCUGUGCUUAAGAUAUUAGAGGGAAGAAUGUCCCCUGUGAAAGGCAUCAACAGAAAAAUAGUUAGUCCUGUGCUGUCCGUAGCUAAGGAUCCGGAUGGAGUUUGGGUCUAAUUAUACAUGGAUCUUAUAUGGAGUAUGGAUCUGUGUUCCAAGAAUCUUAAAGUACCGAUAAAACUGGAUCGUGCAGAGCAACAACCAAAAAGAGACAGCACUUUGAUAUUAACUGUAAAAGGUUCCCCAUAAGUAUGAGACUUUUAAGUCAGGUAGAAAGAUCUGGAUCCACUUGGGUCAAAUGUCUCCUUGUUCUUGGAUCCAGAUGGAGUUUGAUCCAGAUGAGAGUAUGAGGAUCAAAGAGUAGUGAGGUUCUACAAUGUAGUUGUAAAUGAAUCCUUGCACAACACAAAAUUUAACUGUAGAAACCAGCUUCUGACUUUUUCAUAUAUUUUCAUAUAUUCAUUUAUCAUUACAUCAAACAAUUUUAUUUUUCAAUUAUCAAUAUCAUUAUCUUGUUGUCCUAAAACUUCACCCAUGUUCAAUGCAUCUGGAGUCUUUCAUGUACAAUUGCAAAUUUGAAAAGAAAGGAACAAAAAUGUUCUUUGAAUUUUUUUUGUGAAGUAAAAUACAAUGCACAUGUAUCCUUUAAGUUAAAUUUUUUUUUAAGAAACUGUCUUUCGUGAAAAAAGCAGGCCUCUGUAAAGUUGAAUUGACUGCUUUGAAGUCAUGUGUCUUUUUGGUAAAGGUGUUUAUUUAGAAAGAAAAAAUGAAGUCAAUCUUUACACUAAAUCACAAUGGUGAAGUUUAAAUAUUUUUUUGUCCUGAUUUUUCUUUUGUCUGUCGUAAAAGCCUGAUUGUAUGAUUGUGCAGUUCAUGUCUUUCACUCCGAUUUAAAAUCAUUUGUUUUCUCAUCUCGGUGUCAUAUUUGUGAUAUGUUUUUUUUGUUAAAGAAUUUCUUAUCCUUUUCUGGUCAUAUUUUGUAAGAUUUUAUUUGAACAAGAACAAUCUGAUUCAAGAAAACAUUUAAUAGUGUUCCUUAUUUUAAUAUAUAUUCUCAAAAUCAAAGACUUAAUAAUGGAAAUUAUUUUUGUACUGAAUUUUUGGUAUGUUUAUUUUUGAUGUUUACAAAGUAUUUUUAACUGUACGUAUAACAAAAUUUGUCGUAUCUCUGUCUUAUCUCCACAUUGUACGUAUUAAUUUUUAUCUAACUGCAUUGUUCAACAUUAUACAAUAUGAUGUCCCAGUCUGAUAAAAUAGAUAAAACAUGUAAGUGUAUCUGCACCGGGUGUGUUUGAGGUUAUAUUUGAACCCACUAAUUGUUUGCAUCACUCUCGGUUUCACUUUAUCAGUGUCAAUUAUCACCCAUGAAGCUGUAUGCUAUUUUUGGCUUGAAUGUAUUCCGCAGCAAACCAAUGUGUGUUCAGAUAUUAAAACAUUCCACAGUGAACUCAACAUGAACCAAAGAUUGUUUGAUUCUUCCUGCUUGGCCAUGCACACAAUAAUAUUCUCUUUUUUUUUGUUUCAUUUUGAGGAUAUAUUGAAUCAGGAAUAUGAAUAACAAAUGCCCGCCAUGUGUUAAGGGAGUUAACUCUUGCUGCAGUCAAGUAGAGUAAUUUAUUUUGAAUUUUGUCCUGCAAAAUACAUUUGAUAUUACCCAUAUGAAAUGUCUUUGGCAUUUGUAACAUUGCAUAAUAUGGCACUGAAACGUGUGCAUUGCAAAAGGAUGGGACCAUUAUAAAUUAUUACAUGAAUACUAGAAUACUGUACAUUAUAUGUUGCACAGAAAAUGCGAAUUCCGAGAACCAUUCCACUGUUGCUUUUUGAAUGGGAUUUUUUUUUGGUCAGAAUAAGACAGAAUUAUAUUUGUCUGUUAGAACUUUUCAAGAAAAGUCUUACAUUUUCUUCUUUGUAUAUUGCUAUUUAAUUUAGGAAGACUUUAAUACUCAGAGUAUAUUUUAAAGAAAAAAGGUAAAAGAUUGUUUAUGUACAUGUAUGUUGAAGAUGGGUAUUUUGUCCCCACUGUAGAACAUUUGUCCAAUUUUUAACUGUAUAUAUAUAUGCAUUAUCAUAUUUAUCACUUAUGAUAUUCAUUAACUAAUCAGCUCUUGAUGCAGAAAAGAAGAAUUGAAUGUUUUGUACAUAAUCAGAAAAGACAGAAGAGAAGCUUACUCCAUUUCGAUAAAAUAAGGGAAAAAAUGAAAAGUAUUUAGAGAAGAUAAGUUUUUGUUUUCAAAAAUUUGGGGUAGAGGAAAUCAUUAUAAGAGUAAAGUUUUCAUAAUACUGCAAAUAAUGUUACAGAUAGCAUUAAAUCACAAACCGUGUAAUGAUUAAAAAUCUUUUUGAUAUGAUGCUAUAUUUGUCCUCUUAUGCAGAAAUGUUGCAGAGAUUGGACACAAGGGCUAAGGCUGUUAUGACUAUGAAAGCUUUGUAUGCUAUAUAUUUCAGUAGCUACAGAUCAAACCAUGCCUAGCCUCAGAUGAACUUAUUGUUUAUCAAUGUUCCAGAUAACAGGUGUUUCACCACAAUAUUUGUACACAUGUAUGUUUCUUGCCUCAAAGCUGCGAAUUGUUAUUGAAGGGUUGUGAGAAAAUCUUGUUAUUUUGUUGACAUUCCUAGAAUAUACUGUUAUUUUGGAUAAUGCAUUGUUAUUAAAUAAUAUAUGUAUAUUAAAUUUUUAAAAUGUUA